AUGGCACAAUCAUCUCAAGCCAACACGAAUGCCAUACCUGGUGUUCUCACGGCAGGUGAACAGGCUAACACCUAUCACUCCACCGGUGCUGUUGUUACCACUUCACAACAGCAAUCGGUCUCCCAAGUGAGCUCGUCUAUCGGUGGCCCUUCCAACUACGACAUCCAGCACAAUCCCACGGCCAUUAAGACUGAUGUCACGAAGCGCCCUAUCGAUCAGGCUAUUAAGCAGGUUCGUGUCUUCAUCGGUCAUCCUGUACAUGACCGCCUCAAGUUCGACCCUAACCACAGUGGUGCCUAUGCUAGAUGGCGUGUUGCCUUUGCUGAUGCGAUCGAGCGCGUGCCAUGCUCUCGACAAGUUGCUACGGAGGCAGUUCUGGCAUGUCUACCAGAGCCUGUCAAAGGCACUGUCGAACGAAGUGUUCACCCAAGUGACAUCGAGAAGUUUGGUCACGUCAUCAUCAUCUAUGCCUUGGACCAUACCUAUCUGACGAAGCUCGAGUUGCGUAGUGUCUCCGCUGCGUGGGAGAGAAUCUGCCAACAACCCAAUGAGUCUGUCCGCCAAUAUGCUACGAGGUUUGAGCACUGUGCACAUGUAUACACAGCUCUCUACUAUACUCAUGGUCUUUCUGCCCGUGACAUUACCACCAAAUUCUCUGAUGGUCUCCGUGGUGCCCGUGAAGUUCUGGGAAGAUGUCUCAUUGACCCCCAAUGCCAGCUUGGCUAUGAAGCUUACAAGCUUGCACUCUUCGCUUUUCUCGACAACGGUACACCCCUGCCCGAUGAUCUAACGGCAAUGAUGCCCGGUCAGUCACGGUCUCAAGGUUCGGGUAAAGGUGGCCUCAAGAAGGUCGAUCAUUCUCAGAUCAUCUCCAUCUGUGCACUAGCUACCAAAGAGCUUGGUAUACCGCCUGAUAACUGCCUACGCUGCGGAUUGCCUUCACAUCAGGCCAACUCAUGUCGUCAUACUCAAAUCUUCAAGCAGAAGGAGCGUUGUGACAGGUGUGGCCGACUCCGUACUGGUAGCGAGCACAAGUGCCAAUCCAAGAACUUCAAGUGCGGUAGAUGCAAGCGCAAUGGUCAUUUGAGUGGUGUCUGCCGAAAGGUUAUCAACAAUGAUAGUAUGACAUCCACUACUCAAGCCAAUAUGUCCACUGUUGCAACGGAGAUCUCUGACGGCUCUGAGCUAAAGAUCAUCCACAGCAGCGUCGCCUGUGCUUCAUCUCGUACAGCACUUCAUGAUAUCGUCGGCUCACUCCCUGCUGAUCCGGUGGUGAACCUUGUUGCUGGUCAUGAUGCUCCAAAGACUUAUUGUCCUAUCCAGGGACUCGUGGAUAGCGGUGCGAACGCCUCCAUUCUGAACAGCUCUACCGUUCACUUUCUUCUUGCUAACGACAUCAUAAGGCCUCCUGAUGUCAAGGCUCUAUCACCGCCUGUGUCCGUUACCUUCGGUAAUAAUCAGGCUCUCUCGGCUGACUCUGUCGCCAAGGUCCCUUGCUUCCUUGGAUCCGCUGGCACUGUCACCAUCUCAUUUCUGGUCGUUGAUGGGUGUCGUCCACAUUGUCUUAUAGGCCGUAACAUGUUCUCACUUCUGGGCAUUCGGCUGGUCUCUGACAAAGGCGUGGACAUCGUUUGCAACAUGGCCUCCGCCAAAAAUAGUUGUCCUACCAAAGCUGAUUCUAUGAAGGCUCUUUCUAUCGUCACCAGUGUCCUACAAGACUAUUGCUUUGCUGUUAACCCCCUGAAGACUGUCGGCCCGGCAUCGGUAACUCCCUUUUGCGGUCUGGUCAUCGAGUCAGGUGGACGCUACCGUCCGCAUCCAUCGCGGAGGGUACUCACUGAGGCAUCCUUCGAUCUCGCAUGGGACGAGUUUAUCAACGGAACCUUCAAGGCCAAGCGUAAGCGAGGAGCUCCUAAAGUUGCCGCAGCUGCCUCGAACCUCAAAAUCUCGUCUCGGGUAUCAUGGCUCAAAUCAUGGUGUGGUACAUUCAACUACUUCCUUGGUCACCUUGCGAAGCAGCAGCUUGAUGCUCUGCAUGCUCUCACUGACGUGUCCAAGCGACUCCAAGAUCCUGCUAUCACCGACGAGGAGGUGGAAGCUCAGAGUACCCUUGUACACGCGGCUUUCAAGUCACUGUUCGACUACUAUCUCAGUGGUAUACCGGCUCUAUAUGCCGCUCGAGACGAUCAAGCCAUCGGCACCAUUGUCCUUAGUAAUGCCAACUGCCAUGGGUGGUCUGCUAUCAUCUUGAGGGUUACAACCUACUGUCCGCUCAACAACGAUAACUGCGAGGCCACUCAGUCGUCGCUACGUUGCAGGAUCCCAAACCUUAAAGAGUUCUUCCCUGAUGUCAACCUGGCACUGCAUGCUCUACCCCUCCGACUCGUUGGUGGAAAAUGGUCACCUCGUACGGCUACAUCUCGCAGCUCUACCUGGAAGGAGCGAGCCGCUAUUCUCCUGGCCAUCGAUGAAUGUAUCGGUCUGCUCGAGGGACGAGUCGUGGUCAUUGUCGACAACCAGAAUGUCCAGAAAGAGUGGCGCAGUUUCGCCAACGACUUCACUGGUCCCUUCCUACACCGUUGGGAGCAAUUCCUUCGAGUCGUACAUGAUGUCCGCUGGUCUCCACGAGAUACCUCUCCGGUAUGGCCCGAUGCCCUUGCACGAGCCAUCUCUGAUUAUGGGGAGGAGAGAGAGGUCUACGAUGAGCUCAUUGACUCUGCUGAUAAUGCGAACUGCCACGUUGUCGACGCCACGGAAGACACCGCUCCGAACGAUGAUGAGCAACCCUCAUCUGGUCCAGAACAGGCGCUCAGGCACAUCGUCCCGGUUCAAUUGCUCAGGCGUUCUUUCGAUGCUUGCGUGGUCGCACGACCUUUCAAGAAAGUGGCAACCAUCCCAGUCGACCCCGCGGCUGCACGCACUUGGCUCCGAGACGUCCAGACCAAUGACCCUACUUGUCAGAGACUCGCCAGUCUCCCCCGCUCACAGUUCACCAUUGACAACGACGGAUUGUUGCGAUAUGGGCAUCGUUACUUUCUACCUCAACGGUUUGCUCACUCGGUUAUCGAAGAUAUCCACAUCUUCCUCGGUCAUUGUCCGCUCAAGCAAACCCACGACAGUGUAGUAAAGGCUUUCUACAUCCCUGGUGUCUCUCGGCUUGUUCAACACGUGGUGUCAAGAUGCGUAUGCCAGUUCUCAGCCGGCCGUCGGGGCAACGUUAACCCCAUCGGUCCCCCAUUGAGAAGUACUUCAAGGCCUAUGAAGAUCCUCGACUGUUGCUUCCUUGAUAUUGUCGGUCCUCUGCCUGUGUCGGAAUCCUUCUCCCACCCCUUCAAGUUCAUCAUAUCAUGCAUGGACUGUUGCAGCGGUUAUUGUUGGUUCUUUCCAACUCCCGACAUCACCAGCAAGACCAUCACUGGUAUCCUCGAAGCAAGGCUGAUCGAUCAGGUCGGAGUCCCACGAGUUUUCACAGUCGACAACGCCCGCUAUUUCACUGGUGCUACCUUGAGAUGUAUCCCUGUCGCUAGCCCCCAUCGCAAUGCCCUAUUAGAACGUCAACACUCUGGUCUCAAGAAGUCAUUGAAGGCCCUCUGUGCUGAACAUCCUGAAUCGUGGCCGGCGUAUGUCACUAAAGCUCAGCGGAGGAUCAACACCCGAUCUACAUAUGGCUACAGUCCUCAAGAGCUAUUCUACGGUUUCGAUGCUCUAACGCCCUUUUCAAGACGGUUUGAAGACGUCAGCAACACUAUCGACGAAGACUCUGUCCGUUUCGAGGCUCGACGUCGUGAUCGGGAACGACAGAGAAUGGUCGACAGCACUCUCAACGUAAUGGAGAAGAUGCGUGCUGAUGCUCUCUCGCGUAUCAAUCCAUCAACCUACACUCGACAAGUCGCACGACGACGUCUAUUCAAGGUUGGUGACUCCGUGAUGAAGUGGGUCCGUAACGUCGACCCCCUUACUCCUUCAUGGAGAGGCCCUCUACUGGUUCAACAAGUACUUGGCGAUUCUACUUACAAGCUUUCCGACGGCACUGUUCAAGAUUCCAGAAAUAUGCGGAAGUACUUCGGUAAAGCCCAGAAUAUGAAUCCCAUUACUAUUGCACAUACUCAGUAG